AUGGCCUACUUGCUGACCUUUGGCGUGAUUGGAUCACUCUUCCUGGCCAGCUUAAUGCUCUAUCGAUAUGGCAACAUUCCACGUCAACACAUCCUUGUCACACUGUCCGUGCUGACGGCCUGGUGUUUCUCCUUUCUGAUCGUGUUUACCAUACCGCUGGAUGUGACAUCGACCCUGUAUCGGCAGUGCGAGGAAAAACAUAAGCCGAUCCCAGAAUCCGAACUGGGAAACAAGGACAACGGCAGCAAUAUAACAACCACUCCCGCAAGCAACAAUAUACACCCAGUCGAAUGCCAGGAACCCUGGGGCAUGGUGCCAGCCUCAGUGUUUCCCAAUUUAUGGCGCAUCAUCUAUUGGAGCUCGCAGUUUCUCACGUGGCUUAUCAUGCCACUGAUGCAAUCAUAUCUCAAGGCGGGCGACUUCACCAUUAAGGGCAAACUCAAGUCGGCAUUGAUCGAGAAUGCCAUCUACUACGGCUCCUAUUUGUUCAUAUGUGGCGUGCUGCUCAUUUACAUUGCUGUCAAGGGCGUAUCUCUGGACUGGCAGAAGCUGAAAGCGAUUGCCUCAUCCGCAUCCAAUACUUGGGGUCUCUUUUUGCUCGUCCUGCUGCUCGGCUAUGCCCUGGUUGAGGUGCCCCGUUCGCUGUGGAACAAUGCCAAGCCGGGAUUUACGCUGCAAUACGCAUACUUUAAGGCCGCGAAGCUCAGCACAGAUAAGGCUGAGGCGGAGGAGCAUGUCGACGAUGUGCUGGAGUCGCUGCAGUGCAUCAGUCGCGCUGUGCCCAACAACCAUGAGCUACGACCGUGCGUCGAGACAAUAAUGCGAAAAGUGCCAAUCGAGCUGCAAGAAAGAGCCUCUCGAAAUUUCGCCCGCAGCGGUGGCAGCAGCAUGGGCGGCACUACCUCCACCAUUGUGCCCUCGGAGAAGGCACUCGUGCGCAUACACAAGCAGGUGAUCAAGUCCCUGCAGACACUGCAACGAACUGAGGCGUUGUGGAGCGUGCAGGUGAACACGGUGCUCCAUCUGGAGGACGUCGCCCGCAACGUGCACUCGGCUGAACGUCGCUUCAAAACGGAAUUCCCGCGCCAGCGAUCGCAGCUGGAACGAGUCUGCUAUAGCGCCACAAUACAAUGGUACUGGGAGUGCCUACUGAAGGCGCCGUUCCUCAAGGCCCUGUGCGUGGUGACGGCCACCAUGUCUGCCAUGGUCGUGUGGAGCGAGCUGACCUUCUUCUGUCGCCGGCCCGUGCUCUCGAUAUUCGCGAACGUCAUCAACGUAGCCAACUCGAACAACGACUUCUUCACCAUUGAGCUGUUCUCUAUGAUUGUGCUGUGCUACUUCUUCUACUGCACCUAUUCCACCAUUCUGCGCAUACGAUUCCUCAACUUGUACUACCUGGCACCACAUCACCAGACGAACGAGCACAGCUUGAUAUUCAGUGGAAUGCUGCUCUGCCGAUUGACCCCGCCCAUGUGCCUCAACUUCUUGGGACUCAUUCACAUGGACUCGCACAUAAUACAGAAGCGCAUUAUGGAAACAUAUUACACGCAGAUAAUGGGCCACAUGGACGUCAUUGGCAUCAUCUCCAAUGGCUUCAACAUUUACUUUCCCAUGUGCAUGCUGGCCUUUUGCCUGGCCACCUGGUUUAGCCUGGGCAGUCGGGCUCUGAAUGCAAUGGGCUUUCAGCAGUUCCUGCAGCAUGAGACGAUUGCAACAGAACUGGUGCAGGAGGGCAAGGAUUUGAUAGCGCGCGAGAAGCGACGUCGGCAGCGGGCUGAGGAGGCAAUCGCCAGGCGGCGCGACUUUUCCCGACCCGAUGCGCUGCCCAGCCAUGACUACAUCGGCAAAUACAGGGGCGGAGCGACUGGAGGUGGCCCAGGCAGUGGCGGCGUUGCUGCUGCAUUUGGCAGCAGUCGCACGCCGGCUGAUGGACUGCUGCGAGAUGGAGACGUCGGCUACGACUACGCCGCUGUGGCCUCCUCGUCGGCCCUGGGCGUGCCACGCUCACUGUCCGAGGAAAUCAAUGAACGCUUCGGGGUCAGCACUCAAAUGCAAGUGGGAUUCCGUGGCGCCAAUGAGCAGGACGAUGAGGAGAACGAACGUCGCAUAGUCGGGCCGCCACCGCGGGGACUUUUCGACGAUGUAUAGAGGGCUCGAAAUCUACAUUCUAUUGUAUUUUCAAAUGUGUAUUGCUGUAUAAGUCAAUAAGAUAUAUAUUAUCUCAAGUUCUUUAGUUAAUUUAAUUUACAUUUAAGCUUUUUCGCUGCUGUUCCUGUCACAAAUAUUCUAAUCAUUUAAAUAAACACAAUUAACGAAAA